GUUGGGAAUUGCAAUCGCAGUUUCGUUUUGCACGUAAAGCCGGUAAGACUUCGCGGCCUAGAAACUUUCUUUUGUUGCAGAUUACGGUUUCUUCUGGAACAUAAAAAUGGAUCAAUCAGAUGAGAAACUGGACGUGAUCAUAUUCGGUGCAAGCGGUUUCACCGGCAAGUACACGAUCUACGAGGGCAUAAAACUGCUGGAUGGCCUGAAGUGGGGCAUCGCUGGCCGCAGUCGUGAAAAACUACGGCAGGUGCUGGGCGAGGUGGAGAAGAAAGCGGAUCGAGAUCUCUCAGAGAUACCGAUGAUUUUGUCCGAUCUGAAGGACGAGACAUCGCUGCGUAAGAUGGCCGAACGAUGCAAGGUGCUGAUCAAUUGCUGUGGACCGUACCGUUUCUACGGCGAGCCGGUUAUCAAGGCUUGCAUCGCCGCCGGAACACAUCAUGUGGACGUUAGUGGUGAGCCACAAUACAUGGAGCGUAUUCAGUUGGAGUAUCACCAGGCGGCACAGGAACGUGGCGUGUAUAUCGUCUCAGCCUGCGGUUUCGACUCGAUUCCGGCGGAUCUCGGGACAGUGUACACGGAACGGGAGUUUGACGGGGUAGUCAACUCCAUCGAAACCUACCUGGAGCUUAAGUCGUCAGUUCCGUACGAUGGUGGAGCCGUGCUGCACUUUGGAACGUGGGAAUCGGCCGUAUACGGGCUGGCACAUGCUGACGAGUUGCGCGCGUUGCGAACGGCAUUGUACAAAACGAGGCUGCCACACUUUCAGCCGCGGCUGAAGAAUCGUCCGCUGGUGCACAAGACCAAACAUGUGAACAACUGGUGGGCAAUGCCAUUUCCCGGUUCCGAUCGGUCCGUCGUAAUGCGAUCGCAGCGGCAUUUUUAUGACAAUGAAAAAAAGCGACCGAUUCAAAUGAAGGCAUAUGUUGCGUUUGAAUCAUUGCUUCACGUGAUUGGUGUGGCUUUCGUUGCGAUCGUGUUUGCCAUUAUGUGCCGCUUCAAUUUUGGACGAAAAUUGCUGUUAAAGUUCCCCAAACUGUUCUCCCUUGGAUCCGUGUCCCACGAAGGGCCAUCGGAACGUUCGAUGGAAAACACACAGUUUGCUAUAUAUUUCAAUGGCCAGGGAUGGGAUAAGGCAGAGAAGCUACUGGAACCGUCCGAUCAGUACAAGAGUCCGCCGAAGAAACGUAUACUCACGAAGGUCUCUGGAACCAAUCCCGGUUAUGGCGCUACCUGCGUGGCUCUCAUUCUGUCCGCAACAACUAUUCUUCACGAGCACAAGAAAAUGCCUGGAAAGUAUGUUUGGAUAAUCAAUCCUUGCUCGUACACAUUUACGAAUAACCGUUUUUACUGUUGCUUUUUCAACGGCGGAGUCUAUCCUCCCGGUGCGGCGUAUGCAAAAACGAGUAUGAUUGAAAAGUUGUGUGAAAAUGGUUUCAAAUUUGAGGUGCUUAGCAAGGCGGAAUAGCGGCACGGAACCAGUGUUGAGGACCGUUAACAACACACUGUGUACUUUGGUUUGGUGUUGGGAAAGCUGGUCGGUAACAUAGAAAAACGCGGCAAACAACUAAAAUCGUGAUUCAUUCUUACAAGCAUGUCCGUUUUCGGCUAAUAAACUUUUUACCGUGUA